UUUGUGCCUACCACACUCCUUCUUCAUUCGCUCUUUUUACUACUAGUAAUCCGAUCUCGCUCUUUGAAACAGUCUUUACCACGACGACUUUUGCUCUUUCGACAUCUUUGCUCGUGCGUCAUCGUUGCAUACACCACCUCGCUGCAUAUCAGGAGUCGCGCUUUCCUCUUCGAGUAUCCUCGGAGGGACCGUUCAUCGCGAAUUCCAACUCUAAUCGUAAUCUCUCCAUGGCAUUUGUCGCUUUGUGCUAGACACGUCUACACCGCAUAAUCGCCAUGCGCUUUUCUGGUCACUACUUGGUUCUCUGUCUUGCGCUUGUUCUAUGUCUUCAAUUUGCGGUGGCAGCUCCUCAUGCUGCUGUCCGUAGACAAGAUGAAAGUCCUUCCGCAGAGUCAACGCGUGAGGCUCAGGACAGUGCGUCUCGAAAGCCAUCUGCCACACCCACCCCAUCGGGAAUAAUCUCUUCGAGUAUCGAGUCUGAACGCGCUUCAUCGACAGUAGCCUCAUCGAUGAAGCCCUCGGAGACACCAGCACCUAGCUCUGUCGAUGAUGUUCCUACUACUACUCCGUCCGAUGGAUCUUCACCAGCCGAAUCUUCUGAAAGUGCCUCCGCGGAUCCAAAGGACCCACUGCCCAUUCACCCCAAGCUUACCCCCGCUAUGGGUGUCACUGGAGUGCUAUUGCUACUUAGUGGAUUGGGAUACGCCAUCAUUGGUAUCAAGAACAAGUGGGUAUACGUGUUCGGGUCUGCUGCCUACCUGACUGCUCUCGCUGUUACUGUCUUGAUAGUAUAUUUGAUGAAUCCACCAGUCUCGGAUGCCAUUCAGGGAGCCUUCUUCGUGGCGGCCUUCUUUACCGGAGUGAUCUUUGGUGUCCUGUCGUUGGUGUUUGCAGACAUCACUGAAGGGUUUGGCUGCCUACUUGGUGGCUUCUGCCUAAGCAUGUGGUUCCUCAGCGUCAAGGAUGGUGGCUUGAUCACCUCGGGAACUGGUCGUGCCAUCUUCAUUGGUUGCAUGUCAGCUGGAGGCUACUCGCUUGCUUUCAGCCACUACACACGCAACUACGGUCUCAUCUCGUCAAUUGCCUUCUCGGGAGCCACCGCUGCUAUCCUUGGUAUCGACUGUCUGGCUGGCUCUGGCUGGAAGGAGUUCUGGCUUUACCUCUGGAACCUCAACGAUGACAUAUUCCCUCUUAACACUGAUACUUAUCCGGUCACGAAGAACAUCAAAGCCGAACUGGCCGGUGUUGUCAUCAUUGCAGUGGUCAGUAUCGUCUCCCAGAUGCGCGUUUGGAAGAUGGUCAAAGAGCAUCGUGUAAAGACCGCUGCUCAGCAACUCGAAAGACAGGCGGAUCAGGACCGCGAAGAGGAGGAACAAGGUCGCAUUGUCGAGAACAACUUCCAGAAAGAACGAGCUCAAUGGGAAGCCGCAUAUGGUAACGGACAGAACGUACCCGAGGCCAGCGUCCGAUCUUCCACUUCCGAUCCCAAAGAUCUUACCCUUGUCCAAGAGAAGGAGGUUUCUCCCAACGACAGCGCGGUAACAGUCAACAUGCCAGCUGGGAUGAUGCGAUCUGCCAGUCACAACGCCAAGUCCGGCGCGACAGUCACCGUCGGUGUUCUCGACGAAGAUGCCAUUCAACAAAUCGAACCCGAAGCCCACGCUGCUGAGAACGAAAAGGCUCUUCCGGAGGCUCCAAAGGACGACUCAAAGCCUACUCUAGUAAAAAGCAACAGCCUACGCCCCACAGCUCCGCCACCACCUCCAGCAGUCGUCCCACUUCCGUUCAGAGUCCCCACCGAGGGGGAAGCGCACAGCGACGACGACAAUACAUCUGUGUCUGCUAUCCCCGAGACUGAUCAUGACGUCGAGGUGCCCGGGCGCCUUUCGAAGCGCGUUUCUGACGUCUCAGCAAUGAGGCAACGUAUCUCCAGGGACAUCGCAGCGUCACAAGAGGCUUUGAUCGGAACACGAGGUGAUGAAGACGACCGCGCUUCGUCUAUUGCCGCCACUCUGGACGAUGACCUCGAUGUGCUGUCCGUUCGUAAUCUAUCCCCAGUCGAAUCACCAAUCGGAACCGAGCACGACAACCCAUUCGAGAAGCCUGGACUCAAGAGACAAGACUCUGACACAGUACCUAACCGGAAGAGCGUAGUGAACACGGUUGACGUAGUAAAAUCUCUCACGACUAGUACCGACCCAAAGACAGCAGACUCACCCAAGGAACAGUCAUUCAAACGCCGGGCUGAUACUGUCAUGUCCAGCUCCAAGGCCAGCAGCGAAAAAUACUCCAAAUCCACCAAGUCUGAAGAACUCUCCCAAGGCUCGCAAUUGGAACAAGGCGGAUCACAGGUCGGCAGUCUCACCGAGAACGUGAUGCCAGAGAAGCUGUCGAAGAUCGCCCUAUCCUACCGCACGAACGAGUGGGCCAAGCAUCUCGAGGCUGCCGAAAAGCCAGAUUACGAAGACAUGUUCCUGCCCUCGUCACCUGGUAUCAUGCUCGCCGACGGAUCAGAAGAGAAGCCCACACCUGUCAGUGACGAGCUUCUCUACGAGAGCAAGCGCGAAUCAAGAAGGAUGUCGACUGGCAGCCGGACGCAAAGGAACAGCAGCCAAGGACUUCGACGCAACACCUCGACCUUCUCUCAGGAAUCACUCGUCAACCAGCGAUCAUUGACCCACUCACCUUCCAUUGCCUCUCCCCAGGUCCUCUCGCGAUCCAACUCAGCCAUAAGACUUGAUACUCUCUCGCCCCUCCCCAGCAACACCUUGCUGAGCAAGCGCGAGAGCCUUAUCAAAAACCGAGCCUCAGCUCUGACACUCACCCCCCAAAUGUCUUCGCCCAACCUCUCCCAGCGUGGCGACGAUGAAGACAUGACACUAGCCCAACGCCGCCAACUCCUCCAGCAACAACAACUAUCCCCCUCCCUCUCGCACCAACCCUCCCUCCGCUCCCCCGGCCGAACGCCCCCCUCGACCUCCCAAAAAUGGCAAAACAAAGCGUGGGCCACCAAAGGCGCCCCCGCAGGCUUCGACUCGCACCAACCCAAACGCUCCUCCAGCGCGCAAUCCGAGCAGAAGCGCGAGCAACUCUACGCCGGAUGGCGCGACACGAUGCGCGACAUUGCGCCGCCGCAGCAGACCGCCGCUCACAUCGUCGAACAGCAGCGUGCAGCGCUGUUGAUGGAGCGACGCCAAAAGGAGCUGGAGAAGCAACAGCGCGAUAUGAUGCAGCAGCAACGCGCCAGCCAAAUGGAUAGCAUGAUGCGCAGUGGCCAGAUGAUGGAUGCACACCGCGAGGCAAUGAGGAAGAUGCAGGCGAAUGCCAAAUGACACACUUAGCUGUGAAACUUUCCUUUACGUUUUUCUUUCCCUUUUCCCUGGAUCACGAUACGAUGCCGUGAGUGAGAGUCGGCGGGCUCCGUACAAAAAAAACGACGUAUUUCGGUUUGUCUGUAAGUAGGUAGUUAUAUAGUUGUUGCAAGAGCCU